AUGCCACGCAAAGCAGUGCUGCUCAAGUCUCUUACCAGAGGCCGCCUGCGUGCUUCUAUGAACAAAUACAAUUUGUUCAACCUCUAUAAAAAACAGAGGCCAGGCUUCAAUGGCCAGUCACUGUAUCAACAAAAGUGGAACUCCAAGGCAGAGACUAGAGCCUAUCACGGAGAACAUCUUAGAGAAAGCAAAUGGCAGCAUAUUUUUUCUCCCAAGCUGCAGGGAGUUGCUCAACUGGAUGCCUCGUUGCAAGGGGGGAAUACUGACGAAACACCCAUGAUGUUACAAACUUUUGCAGUUUUGGAGAAGCGUUUAGACGUGGCAUUGUUCCGCGCCAUGUUCGCAAGUAGUGUUCGUCAAGCCCGUCAGUAUAUAAUACACAAGUAUGUGUCUGUUAAUGGGGUAGUGAUGCGUCAUCCAAAUUAUGAACUUAAGCCCGGCGAUGUUUUUUCUGUUCGUCCUGACAAGGUCUUAGAAGCGUUGGGAAAGGCCAAGCCCGAUCUUAAGACAAGUUACAAAGUUGAUCAAAUUCAAAUAUCCCGCUGGAACAAGUUUGUCAAAGAGAGUAAAGCUAGUCCUUUGGAGGUUUGGCAACGACAGCAGGCGAAGAAACAAUCCCGCGGUGAGUCUAAUUUAAUUUCAACAGAUGAUAAGGAACGUGUGAAGAAAAUUCGUGAAUUCAACAACAAACUCCAGGCUAGGAGACAACUAAAACAGCAGUCCACCACACGCCAAAGUAUUCUUGUUGACGUUAUCGACAUUGUGCGAGGAACUAAGAAAGAUAUUACUCCCGAGGUCUUUGAAAGUAAGUUUGGCUCAGGUUUGAAAGAGAAGGUAUUUCAAAUAUAUCAAACCUUAGGUGAAAAGCAUAAUUUGCUGAACCUGCCUGAGGAUGAGAACACCUUAGAGCAUGUUACAAAGUUUAUCACUGAUAAGGAGCCGAUUGACGAAUUCAAACAAAAAAGAACAAAGCAACUACUAUCAGAGAUCAAUACCAAAUACCUGGAACACAUCAGAGAACAAUUUGAGCAGAGUAAAGUUAGUGAAGAUGCAAAGGAGCUCCCAUAUGACCCAUCUUGGGCUGAUUCUUUGAGACGACACAAGAAUCUUAGUUUAUGGGAAGAAGUUAAAGAACAUGGCGAAAAAUGCCUAAAAGUGAAUUUUCCUUGGCAGAAAGGUUUGUUUGGGCGUCAAGAUUCUACCAAAGCAUACUUCACUCCAUGGACGCCCAGGCCAUUCCUUGCACCAUUUGCAGUUUUACCCCAACAUCUUGAAAUCUCUUUCGAGACUUGCCAUGCCGUCUAUUUACGAGACCCAGUUUCCCGUCCUGGCGAGUCGGAGGUAAUCACUCCAUUGCCCGUUGACGUUCAUAAACGUGCAUACAUGUGGUAUCAAAGAAAGGGACAAUAG